GCUGCUCACACGUGCCGCUGUCUGGAGUCUUUGUCCUGCUUCGGUCUUUCACUGCCUGCUUUGUCUGCAGGAAAGGAGCUGACUACCGCGUUUGCCACGUCCUAACGUUGCAACUCUUGCAGCUUCUAGCUAUCUGCACGUCUACUUCGGAUGAACCGUGGAGAAGUCUGUCCACCUGAAAGAAAGGGGCUGGGAUAAUGCAUCCUUUCAGGAUUUCUCGUCGGAUUCCUGCUUUACAGGCUUGCUUUGGAUGAUGCGCACAGGGGGUCUCUGGGUGUUUAUGUCUCACCCAGCUUUGGAAAAUUCCCAUCCUACCAGGAGAUCCAUGCACCGGAUUUUGAGUCGUUAUCAUCAUCAUGUCCCCAGCAUCGGCUGCGACGACCAGUGAAAGCAGCAACACCACAGUUCCCGAAGAGGAGGCAGACAGUCCCAGGGAGGAGCAGCAGCCUCAGAAACAGUCCCUGACUAAAUCGUUGUGUCAAGAAACCCACUGGAAAUGCCUGCUGCUUUCCCUGCUGAUGUACAGCUGUAUCGGGGUGAUGGCCUGGUGCCAGGUGACCAAGGUCACUCGCCUCUCCUUCGACAGUGCUUACAAGGGAAAGUCUAUGAUGUACCACGACAGUCCCUGCUCCAACGGCUACAUUUACAUCCCUCUAGCCUUCCUGGUCAUGCUCUAUGUGGUCUACCUGGUGGAGUGCUGGCACUGCUACACCAGGAACGAGCUCCAGUACAAGGUGGACGUGGAGAGUGUGGCAGAGCGCAUACAGCGAAUGCAGCAGGCUACGCCCUGCAUUUGGUGGAAGGCCAUCAGCUAUCAUUAUGUCAGGAGGACACGGCAGGUGACACGUUACCGUAACGGAGAUGCCUACACCACCACGCAGGUCUACCAUGAGAGAGUGAACACGCAUGUGGCUGAGGCAGAGUUUGACUACGGGAACUGUGGUGUUAAGGAUAUCUCAAAGCAUCUGUUAGGCCUGGAGAGCUUCCCCAUCACUAGGCUGAGGUUCACAAAGUGCUUUAGCUUUGCCAAUGUAGAGUCAGAAAACUCCUACCUGACUCAGCGGGCCAGGUUCUUUACAGAAAAUGAAGGUCUGGAUGAUUACAUGGAGGCCCGUGAAGGGAUGCACCUGAAGAAUGUAGACUUUAAGGAGUAUAUGAUUGCCUUUUCUGACCCCAGUCAACCUCCCUGGUAUGCCUCCAACCCUGCUUUCUGGGUGGCAGCUGCUUCCACCCUCUCCUGGCCUCUGCGGGUGCUUACAGAAUACCGCACUGCUUGUGUGCACUAUCAUGUGGAGAAGCUGUUUGGCUUUGAUUAUGUGCCAGUAACACCAUCUGAAGAGCGUCCUUAUUGCAGACACAUCCCGCGAGUCAACACGAUUGACAGCACAGAGUUAGAGUGGCACAUCCGAUCCAACCAGCAGCUGGUUCCCAGCUACUCAGAGGCAGUCCUAAUGGAUCUUGCCCAGCUCUCGGGGAGCUGCAAUAGCUACUCCAUAUGUGGCGGCUACAGCAGCUACAGGCAGAACUGUGAACGCUGCCAUCGCGCAAUCAGCAGCUCCUCCAUCUUCUCUCGCAGCGCCCUCAGCAUUUGCAACACGGCGAGCCCCCGCAUCCCUUUCAGCGCCAGCCGCUUCUCGCUGGGUCGGCUGUACGGCUCCAGGCGUAGCUGCUUGUGGAGGAGCAGUGGGAGCCUGAAUGAGCAGUCCUGCCCCACUGAGAGCACUCGAUGUCUGUCAGGCCAGGAGACCAGCGAGGAGAACCCUCCAGCCUAUCAGGACGCUCUGUGCUUCCCAGUACUCAUCGUACAUCGCAAUGAAGGAUGCCUCAACCACGACCACCGCUCUCUGCACAGAAAUGGCUCCUGUGCAGAAACUUCACUAUGACCCACAGCUGUCACACCUGAUGACACAAACUCAGCCGAGAACCCUCUUUAAUCCUGGGAUGGGUUGACGUGGACUUAUUUCUUUUACAAGGUAAAAAGAUCUACAUACAAGUUACAAGAACUGUGAUUAGUUACAUUUUUUAAGAUGCUGUCACUUCAGACGACAAAUAAAAACAAGUCUGAGGAAUUUGUCACAGCACAGCCAGUAAGUCAGGGAAAAACAGACUUGAUGAGACUGUUCGAAAUAUUCUGUGGCUCUGAAGAACCAUGCAGCCAAGGUGUUCCAGCCCUAAAACUUCUGUAAAGUCAGACAGCCUGGGAAUACUAAGGGGAGAGGGAGGGAAGGGGGUGUCAUAUCCUAAAGUAAAUACCAUAAGAGUAAGAAACAGAUCAAUGUUUUGAACUUAAAAUGGAUUUUGACUCAGCGCCAAUCCGAUGAGUUGAUAAGAAAUGAAAGAAAAAGGGAAAUAAUGCUUUCUGAAUGGGAUAUUAAAUACUGAGAGACUGGGAGUAGGUCAAGAGGGAAAUUAAAAAACAUUUCAGCCACUUAAACAAUUUUUUAAAAUAUAAACAGUAUCUAAAAAUUCUUGUCAUAUUACAUUACCUUGACCCUGAUAUCAAAAUCUAAAUAGUUGCAUGUAAAACAAUAUGUUCACAGUUGUCCAUUUAAAUAUG